GCAUGCUCUACCCUCCAUGUAUAAAAUGGUGCAUCAUAUCAAGCUUUGUACCAUCUCAUUUCAAUUCUCUCAAAAUAUAAUAUGGCUUCCUCAAAAUUAAUCUCUUCUCUGUUUUUUCUUUCAUGCAUUGCAAUUCUCGUACAAACAGUGAUCUCCAUGAAUCAACUCAAUUAUGCUUGCUCAGAAUCUGGAACCUUUCCAGAUGGCAGUCCCUAUGCACAAAACUUAGAAGAUCUCUUAGCUGAUCUCAACUCGAAAACUCCUAUAACGGGGUUCUUCACUAGCUCGAUGGGAACAAAACCUGAUCGAGCAUAUGGGCUUUCACUAUGUCGUGGUGAUAUUUCAGGUGACGAUUGCAAGACAUGUGUAUUAACUGCUCGUGAAGAAAUUACAAAACUUUGUCCAAACAAUAAAGAAGCCAUCAUAUGGUAUGAUUAUUGUCUUUUGAAAUAUUCUGAUGAUUGUUUCAAAGGAGAAAUUGAUGAUACCAACAAGUUUUCCAUGAGGAAUAUCGAUUCUGUACCUGAUACAGAGGUAGAGAAUUUUACGCAAGUGACCAGGGCGUUGUUACAAGAAUUGGCUAAAGAAGCUUAUAUGAUACCACAAUUCUAUGCAACAAGAGAAACACCAUUUACAAAUAGUCAGAAAUUGUAUGGAUUGGUUCAAUGCACAAGAGAUCUUUCUAAUUGGGAAUGUAAGAAGUGUCUUGAUGAUAUUAUUAGUGAACUUCCAAGUUGUUGUUAUGCAAGAAUAGGUGGAAGAAUUAUUGGAGGCAGCUGUAAAUUUAGAUUUGAGAUGUAUCCUUUUGCUAAUGGUACCAUUGAGGGCGUAGAGUUGUUGAAUGGAUCGGAGCUGAUUAACUCUACAGAAAUUAGAGAUGUGGAAAAGUUGUUGCCUGUUGGAGGUAUUGGAGCUGAAUAGAUGUGUGUGUGGGCGUAUAUAUAUAUAUGUCUCUGUUUGUGUGUUUGUGUGUGUGGAGGGCUUGACCUAAAAUCCAAAUCGAUCUAAUAUAGUUUGGUCUAAAUAACUUACAAGUCCCUUUCAUGUUGUUGUUGUAGUAGUUGUUAUCGUUGUUGUUGUGGAGGCUUGAUCUAAAAAUCCAAAUCGAUGUAAUUUGAUCUAAAUAAAUUACAAGUCUUGUUCUUAUUUU